AUGCCCGGCCCCGUGGACACCGCAAAGUCCAUCUCGAAGAAGCGCAAGAGAAAGCACGGCGCACGAUCUGCGGAGAACGAGGAGGCUCCUAAGCCAGUGGAAACCAAAUCAAGCCCCUCGGUGACCACCAAGAAGAAGAAUUCUUCCUCGACUACCAAGAAUACAACUGAAAAAAUCCCCAAGAAACGCAAAGUGAGCCAUUCGCCUAGUGCCGACGAGGAAAGCGCCGACGACGCCGAGGAGAAGGAAGAUGAAGAGGCCGACAGCGAGAAUGAAUCUGAAGAGCCAGAGGAGACAGAGAAGGAAAAUGCCGCCGAUCUUCCCACCAUGGACGAUGUGCGCCUGCCGCAGACGGAGGGCGAGCUGCAAAAAUUCACCCAGCUCAAUCUCUCGGACAAGACCAUGAAGGCAAUUGAGGGCAUGGGAUUUAAGACCAUGACUGAGAUCCAGCAGCGCGCUAUUCCUCCUCUGCUUGCGGGUCGGGAUGUCCUGGGUGCUGCAAAGACCGGCUCUGGGAAAACUUUGUCGUUCCUGAUUCCCGCAGUGGAAAUGCUGAGCGCAUUGCGGUUCAAGCCGAGAAAUGGUACUGGUGUCCUCGUUGUCUCCCCCACCCGCGAAUUGGCACUGCAGAUCUUUGGAGUUGCCCGGGAGCUCAUGGCGCAUCAUUCGCAGACGUUUGGAAUCGUUAUUGGAGGUGCCAACCGCCGCGCCGAGGCGGAAAAACUUGCCAAGGGUGUUAACCUCCUGAUCGCGACACCCGGGCGGUUGCUGGAUCAUUUGCAGAACACCCCGGGGUUCAUUUUCAAGAACUUGAAGACACUGGUCAUCGAUGAGGCAGACCGAAUUCUCGAAGUCGGAUUCGAGGACGAGAUGCGUCAGAUCGUCAAAAUCCUGCCCUCCGAGGAGCGGCAGACCAUGCUUUUCUCCGCCACCCAGACUACCAAGGUCGAGGAUUUGGCACGGAUAUCCCUGCGGCCCGGCCCACUGUAUGUUAAUGUCGACCACCGAAAGGAGCACAGCACGGUGGAAGGAUUGGAGCAAGGCUACGUGCUCUGUGAAGCCGACAAGCGCUUCUUGCUUUUGUUCUCGUUCCUCAAGCGCAACUUGAAAAAGAAGAUCAUUGUCUUCUUCUCCAGCUGCAACUGCGUCAAGUACCAUGCGGAGCUCUUGAACUACAUCGACCUUCCUGUGUUGGAGCUGCACGGGAAGCAAAAACAGCAGAAGCGGACCAAUACGUUCUUCGAGUUCUGCAACGCUCAGCAAGGUACCUUGAUCUGUACUGACGUGGCCGCCCGAGGCUUGGAUAUUCCUGCCGUGGACUGGAUCAUCCAGUUCGACCCUCCGGAUGACCCCCGAGACUAUAUCCACCGUGUCGGCCGUACGGCGCGUGGAGCCGAUGGCAAGGGUCGCAGUCUGAUGUUCUUGCAGCCCUCCGAAGUCGGAUUCCUGAAGCACCUGAAAGAGGCACGUGUGCCUGUGGUUGAGUUUGAAUUCCCGGCAUCGAAGAUUGUGAAUGUGCAGUCGCAGCUGGAGAAGCUCAUUGGACAAAACUACUACUUGAACAAGUCUGCAAAAGAUGGUUACCGGGCCUACCUCCAAGCCUAUGCCUCGCACUCCCUCCGGUCUGUCUUUGAUGUACAAAAAUUGGACCUUGUCAAGGUUGCCAAGGGGUUCGGAUUUUCUGCUCCCCCACGCAUUGAUAUCCAGCUGGGCUCUAGUCUCAGCCGUGACAAGAAGCAGGAGCAACAAGGGCGCCGCACCUAUGGCAGCCAGCCGAACAACAAGGGCCUCAAGUUCAAGCGCAAGCACGGGGAUUAG